UUAUACUCAGCACCGGGUGAACAUACAUAAAGUCCAAGAGGGAAUUCAGGUGGAAAAAAACAACAGGAUUUUCACACAGUUCGGAGUCUACAUGUUUAUUGUCAUCAUCAAAGUCUCCAAAAAUCCCAGUUCACUUGUUGGAACACCGGUUUUCUGUCUACCUGCCGUGGACGAUCACCCUUAUUCAGCAGGUUUGCUGAAAAAGUCUGGAUCAAUGGAGUCUCCAGAAUUUUCCAUGCUGUCAUCCUUGAGGGGGGAGAUUAAAUCAGAGGAUUAUAUCCAGCCCCACUACAAAGAGACAUAUCGCCUGGCGAUUGAUCGCCUGGUGAGUGACGGCAGAGACAGUUACCAGGAGUUUCUCAAGAUAGAGCGUAUCGGGAGUUUCCUGUCGGAGGAUGAGCUCCUUUUUAUCACGUCAAAUGCUGAACAGCUUCCACCUCAAAAACACACAGAGGAAAAAGAUGAGCCAUCGGAGAGCCACUCAUCAUCAGGGACCUACUGGCCACUCCACUCCGAUGUGGACACGCCGGAUUUGGAUUUAGGGUGGCCAGAUGUCAUUCAUGAACAACUCCAGACAAAUAUUGAUUUGCUCUUUCAUCCACCAAGACAAAACAGCCCCAGUAUCAAAGACACGAUCCGUAAGCGUAUUCAGGAAGCAAGACAGGUCAUUGCCAUUGUGAUGGACGUGUUCACUGAUGUCGAUAUAUUCAAAGAGAUUGUUGAUGCCACUGUGCGAGGAGUUUCAGUUUACGUGCUUUUGGAUGAUUCACAUUUGAAAUGUUUCCUCACAAUGGCAGAAAAUCACGAUGUUAAAAUUCAACAACUCAGGAACAUGAGGGUGCGCACUGUGAAAGGUCAGGAUUACCACUGUCGAUCAGGAGCAAAAUUUCAUGGCGCAAUGGAGCAGAAGUUUCUUUUAGUCGACUGCCACACAGCGAUUUAUGGCUCAUACAGCUUCACUUGGUCAUUUGAGAAGAUUAAUCUGAGCAUGGUACAAGUCAUCACAGGACAUCUGGUGAAGAUGUACGAUGAGGAGUUCCGAACCCUCUAUGCCCGGUCGACUGUGCCAGCUAACCUGGGCCUUCCGGAGUGCUCCAUCCAGCUCAACGGGCCGAAUGAACAACAGAUUUUACCUGCAUCGCAAUCUGCCCAGCAAAUUGAGCGGAGGGACGUGCUAAGGCACACACUGGACACUGUCUAUCGGAAGACCUGUGAGAGGAAACUGGGCCAGAUAGACUAUGAGAAGAGGCUCUUAGAAGAGGAACCAAACCACCAUGGGCCAUUGUUUGAGAAUGGACUUGGUGGUCAGAACCAGAUGUCCCAUUUGCAGUCUGCAGAGGUGAUGAACUGCUUGAAAAGGCACAGCUAUGCAGGGGAGAGACAAGAUGGUUAUACGCCACAGAACAUCCAACCCAGGGUAAGCCACUGGAAUGUCUCCAGGGAAACAGGAAACAGAAUAAACUAUCCCACGGACAAUCAUGUGCCACACAUAUACCGAGGUCAAAACAUUUAUAAUGACGGUGACAAACACAUUCUGUCCAUGCAGCAGAAUAUGCCAACACUGGAGAAUACAUCAAAGUCAAUCAUGCGUACAAUGCGGAUCGAAUCUUACCUCAACAACACUGACGCCCCAUAUGGAGACUCUUGUGACUAUUUAGACCAGUUUGAACCGAGGGACAUAGCUGGUUCUUUCAUGCAGGGACGAACUAGGUCUUCCUAUGCCUUAAGGCCACCUAUACCAGAGCACAUGGACCCAAAUAGAGCAGCACCACACACUCCUCUGCACUACACAUCAAUGCAGUGGAAUCCAACAGCCGCCUGUGAGAAUAGAAUAAAUAAAGACGAAUUCAUAAUGAAGAGUCAAAGUUCACAGAUUUUGGAUGACAAUCGUAAUAUUGCAAGCUAUGGUCCAGGAAGAAACUCUUACCAAUCUCCUUAUACCAGUUUAGGCCGAGCUAAAGGUGGACAUAUGAUGACAAACCCUGGGAUCAUGACAGACAGUUGGCAAAAAAGGCAUAGCCUGGCAGAUCCGAGAUCAGACACAGAGUACGGACAUGAAUCAUCAGGUCACAUGUACGGCGCUUUUGCAAGGAUGCCCAUUAAUAGGAGCACAGCAGGGAUCAAUGCUCAGAAUGGUGCAUAUGUGUCAAAUCUGAAUGAAGAACAAAGAUCUGUCUCUCAUUAUGAUGUCAAGAGUAUCAAAGGUACAAAGGGCCCCAGUACCCCCAACUGGCAGGAAUCACCAUGUAGGACUGUUUCUGCAGCAGCACUGGAUAUGAAAAACAGGGAUUUGACGGCUAAAGCAAACAGCAGGGGCUCUCAACCUUUUCUCCAGAUGGGCUCCAAGAACGUUCAAUCCAUGCUGAACAUACCAGGGAAAAAAGAGGAUUCAGUCAGGAACAUUGAAACGUUGAGUAUGACCUCAGGUGCUAGUACAGACACUUUAACAGCCGAGGAUGAGGGGAAAAUAUCAGAUGGAUUUGGAAAACUCCAAAGAAACAAAUCAAGCCCAGUCAGGUCUUCCUCAGAGCAGCAAAGGAAGUGGUCAAAGGACAGACAUACAAGCUUUACGAAGCCUCAGCUGAGGACUGAGGAGCACAAACAUUCCACGCAGGUCUCUAUCCCCGAUACAUCAAGAGGGCAGAAAUCCACUGUUCUGGACAAAAGUGUGAGGCCCAGCCUUGACACAGGUAGCUGGACAAAAAACAGAGGAGCAGAAGGUCGCCUGUAUAGCAGGUAUGAGCCGUUCUGCUCAAUAGAUAAGAAAGACCCUCUGCACUCUCCACAUGGCCUUGGAAGCACGCGUUCCCAGGAGAAAACCAAAAGCCCUCCUAAAGCUGAGGCAGAUGCCGACCUCGGCCGGGCUACACGAGGACACCAUGAAAAUAAGUUGGAGAAAUUUUUUAAUAGAGUGGGGCAUCUCCUACACAAGAAUAAAUACUGACUGCUGCAUUUGUAGAACACAUGGUCUGCAUGCGUCAAUAAUGACGAACGGGCACACGGGUAAUAUUAAUAUUUGAAUCAAUAUAUAAAUUUAAAGAUGGACGACAUGACAGCUCCCUAACAAUGAAGCCAAAAUAUCUUGAUCAGCCUCUGGUGGCUGGCUGCAUUUUAGGUUAUAAAAAGUCUAUGAACACAAUAAGUAAAUUUUUCUCAAAGUCGUUUUCUCUCAUCUAAGUCACUCUCAUUACGCAAGAUUGUUUUUAAUUCGUUAUUAGAUAAAAACACGAUCAAACUUCAUGAUGACAGCUAAGACUGACCUGUGAUUGGUCGAGCUUGUGUAUCAGCAGGACCUUGACACUAUCAAGCUAGCUCCAUACAACGAUAACUACUGCACAAACUCUGGCUCCAAAUUAUGUCAGAAGCGCAUGAUCUGGGAUAUUUAAGCUUUAUUUUUGCACAACAAGAGGAAGCUAAAUGCAUCAUCCAUCGUUAUUUAUAGUCUAUGAUUCGUAUCAAUGGACUUUAUUUCUGUGUUACCUUUGCAAAACACUGUUUACACGUCGUUGUCUGCUUCUUUAACUUGUGCACUGAUGAAUACCAGUAAGAGGCGAGGAAUGAAUACAUGCUGGGGACUUUUUAUAAAACAUCAUCUCAAAACUCCACUCUCAUGCUGCUUUGAGUUUGCUUUUCACCAGCUUCAAUCAAGGUAAUGAAUUCGAACGCUGUCAAAAGACGUUUUGGAUGCACUGAAUCAUAGCUGUGUGAAAAUAUCCAAGGUGUAUACAAUUUGUUACUGCAAUGUAGAUGUGUAUGAGUACCGCUGUGCUGUUGUGUUUCAUCGGAGGAUUCUGACCUUGUCUUUUAGGUAUGUUAAGGUAAAGACGUUGCAUAUACCUUCAACAUAAAAUAUAACAGUGCUCCUUAAGAGGGAAAACAUAUCUGUACAUCAUUACAUCUAUUUAUGUGCCUGACAGAUGUUUUAUGAAUGCUAUGGGGGUUGCAAUAAUUUUACAAUGUUUUCAAUAGAUUUUUGUACUGUUUAUUUUUCCACAUCCUUUAUUAAAUCUUUUAAUGAC